GUGUUGUUCGACUGGGUUACUGGGAUCAUUGUCAGCUGCGAAGGAAACGUACACGUCUACUGCCGACCCCGCACAGUCAAGGGUGUGUCAGGCUGCCACCCUCUUUAGAAAUGCCUGAGAUUUUUUAGUCACAAACAUGGGCCUCAUCCGAUGAAUUCAUUUGAAAGUGAAACUAAUUCUGAAGAAAUUUAUUGAAUUGUAUGGAAAGUCUAAAAAUGGCUCGAAUUUACCUCAAUUGCCCAGGCAUUUCGCCACAAGGCAGCAGUAUCUACACCUUUUGGCGUAUUGUAUUCGUCAUAGCUGCUCUCGUUAUUGGACUGCUGUUUCUGCUGCCCAUCACAGGAAUGUUCAAAUUAUCUGGAGCAAGAAAUAUAGAAGAAAAAGAAGGGUUGCAGUAUGCCAUUGUGAUUGACUGUGGCAGCAGUGGCAGUAGAGUCUACGUCUACUUUUGGCCCCAACAUUCAGGAAAUCCAAGUGAUUUACUCAGCAUCCAACAGCUUCAUGAUUCCAGUGGAAAAUUAGUUGAAAAGAAAGUUUCUCCAGGCUUGUCCUCUUUUGAGGAUAAUCCAGAUGCUGCAAGUGACCAUAUUAAAGACUUACUGUUGUUUGCCCAGCAGUAUAUCCCAUCGAAGAAGUACUCGGAGACAUUUUUGUAUGUCAUGGCAACAGCAGGGAUGAGAAUGCUUCCAGAAAAGAAACAAAAUGCUAUCUUAACGGAUCUCAGAACCGAUAUCAAGAAAGAUUUCAAUUUUAUCGCCCUUGAAAAUCAUUUUGAAGUGAUCAGUGGCAAGCAGGAAGGGGUCUUUGCGUGGAUUGCCAUCAACUAUGCCUUAAACAGAUUUUCACAUACUGUAUCACAUGAUUCAAGUGAGCACAGAAAAAGGAAAACUGUUGGGAUGAUGGACAUGGGUGGUGGAUCUGUCCAGAUAGCUUAUGAAGUUUCUGGGGAGGCUUCUGAAGGGAUCCCACCCUUUUCGCUGUCAAAGUUCAACUUAGGAUGUCAAGAUUCUGAUGAAGAGCACGCGUACAAAGUGUACGUCACAACGUUUUUGGGCUUUGGAGCUAAUUCUGCACUUGACCGAUACAAGUCCAUGUUGGUGGAGAAGUCUGUAGCAGAUGGACACAGUGCAGGCACGGAGAGCCAGCCUAUCACUGAUGUGUGCCUCCCAUUGGGCAUGACACUCAAAACCACAGACGAUGCAGGUGUCGGCCACGUGUUCUCUGGUGGUGGGGACUUCACGCAAUGCAAGGCCGCGGUAGAACCGCUGAUCAACAAGACUGUCCCCUGUAGUAAAGCCCCCUGCUCCGUCAAUGGGGUGUACCAGCCGGUGAUAGAUCCCGCUAUGGAGUUUUACGGGUUCUCCGAGUUUUGGUACAGCAUGGAAGAUGUGUUCUCCAUGGGCGGCCACUACAACUACGACACUUUUAAUGCAAAAGCAAAGGAAUUUUGUGGCACCAACUGGGACACUUUGGAGACGUGGUACAAAAAGGAUAAUUACCCCAAGGCUGAUGACCACAGGUUCAGAUUUCAAUGUUUCAAGUCUGCCUGGAUGGUCGAGAUGCUGCACAAAGGCUUCUCAUUCCCAUCCAGUUACAACAAACUGACCUCUGCCCAGCUGGUCAAUGGGAGAGAUGUUGGUUGGACACUCGGAGCUCUCAUUUACAAAACCAGAUACCUUCCUCUCAGGAACGUGGAACGACAGAAGGACCUGCAGCAGUCGCAGGCGUUGAGCACGUGGCAGCGCAUGGCUCAUCUGCCAGACCUGCAGUUCUUGCUGUUUGUCUGCGUGCUUGUCGUGAUCACAGCCAUCGUCGUCUACAUGAAGUGGCUGCGCUGCUGCCCGCGCAAGUCAGACCUACAGCGUGUGCCCUCCAUGUCCUACUUCAUGACCGACCCAAACCAGAUGGAGCAAGGGAUCGAUUAUGUCAAAGGACAGGGUUUUGUUUUGUGAUAGGAAAAGGAAAGAGAACAGCAGUGCUAGUUGAGUAUUAAAUGUGAAGCGUGCUGACAAAAUGAGUUACUUCUCAGAUUCAAGACUUAUGGGAAAAGAUAUAGACCUAUCACGCUUAUAGGUUUUUAUAAUUUCUUAGUAUGGAAAAAUAAAAGGCAUGUUAUAGUUAAAUAAUAUUACAUUAGUAAAAAUUCUACAAAUUUGACACUUGUGUCGAUUUUUAGCCAAUGUCUCCAUUUUGGUUAUUGCUAGAAGUAACUCAUUUUGUCAGCGCGGCUCACAAAUAGUAUUUCUGGUUCGAAUUUAGGAAUUAUUUGUUAGUCACUGUGUGUGUUUCCUCAAAGGU